CACAACUUUCCCACCCUCUUUCUCUCAUUUUCUCUCCCAAGAAUAUUCAAGAAAGUCAGUCCGGAGAGAGGGGGAAACAGAAAGAUUCGAAUUCGAACAAUGGUGAGCAGCAGCAAGAGCCGGGAAAGAUUCCCGGAGAAGAAGAUCCCGGUUCUCUCAGUCCUCCAGAACUGUUCGAUCAUCAAGAACAUCUUCGUCGUCGGCCCGUCCGACGGCGAAUCUUCCGUCGCCUCCGGAGGCGGAGGAGGAGGAAAACAACCGGAGCGAGACGGAGGCGGCGCUACCGAAAUGGAGGAGGUUGUGACGGUCGGCAGGCAUCCGGACAACUUGAUCGUGUUGACGCAUCCAAGCAUCAGUAGAUUCCACUUCAAGAUCAUCGUCGAGUCAUCUUCUCACCAGCUCUUCGUCACCGAUUUGGCUUCCGCUCAUGGAACUUGGGUAUCGGGGAAGAAGAUUGAGCCUGGAGUUCGAGUGGAGGUAGUCGAGGGAGAUACGAUCCAAAUCGGCGCUUCAACCAGAGUUUAUAGGCUGCACUGGGUGCCAAUGAGUCGCGCUGACGAUAUGCAGAAUCCUUCUGCUUCUUCGGCUAUGGAUGUUGCCUUGGUGGCAGAGAAGGAAGAGCCAAAGCCAGGGCCUGCUGAAGCUAAACAAGAGAUGACGACUCCUCAGAAGGAGGGUAAGGAAAUUAGGAUUAGGGAUUCAGACGAAGAGAGGGAGGUUUUGAGCGGUAAAAGAUAUGAUGGAGUUGCUUGGAGAGCUGCGAGUGAGGAAUUUUCUGGGGUUAGUGAAACCAGUGAACAGUAUUCUUGUGAAGAAGUGUCAGGGAUGCAAGAGGAGGUCAAUUUGGAGUCUCCAUUGUCUGCUAUGGAAGCAGAAAUCAAGUCGGAAUCUCCAUUGCCUGUUCUGGCUGCAGCUAACGAAGUGCCUAUGAAGGAAGAAGCAGAGUUUCAGUUUAGGGAUUCUGAGAAAGUUUCCAGUAGUGAGAAGGAAGAGGUAGUUGUGUUGGAGGCCAUCAGUGAGGAAUCUUCUUCACAAGAUGAAAGCAGAGGAUGCUAUUCAUGUGAAGAAGCAUCCGAUGUCCAUGAUAGCUUAGAUUCUUCGCUGGCUGUUACAGAAGAACAGCAAACGUCUGGCUUUGAUGUAGUGGAAGAAACAGAGAACCAAUGCUUGGUGAAGGAAGAUCAUGUACAAUGUGGAAUGUUCGAAUUAGAAUCUGUUAACUUGUCUUUGAUAGAGGGGAAACCAACUGAGAACUCUCAGCAAGUGCUUUUUGCAGAGGGCAAAGAGAAAAUGGUAAGUCCAUAUAGAGAGGAUGAUGAAGUAUUGGAAGUUUCCCAGCUGGGUACUGAUAGUCUAGUGCUAAGACAUGAAGAGGCUUCUGUAAGAUCGCUGAUUGAAGAUCAAGAACAAGCGAAAACUGCUGCUCUAGGAUCUGAUUCAGAAAACUUGUGCUAUCUUGAUGAGAAAUUGACUGAUUCCCAAUUGCAGCAGAUAUCCGUUUGUGAAGAGAAUGAAGAAACAAGGGUUCCCUUGAGAAAUGAUAAUGAACUGACGGAAGUUUCAGGAUAUGGAAAUUGUGGUUCAGUCGUUGUAGAAAGUGACGAAACUUCUGAUUCAGGGAACUUGUGCUAUCUUGAUGGGAAAUUGACUGAUUCCCACUUACAGCAGGUAUCAGUUUGUAAAGAGAAUGAAGAAACAAGGCUUCUUUUGAUAAAUGAUAAUGAAGUGACUGAAGUUUCAAACUAUGGGACUUGUGGUUCAGUUGUUGUAGGAAGUGAAUUUGAAGAUAAUCAGAUAUCUGAAUCCUGUUUUGCUAAUGAUCCCCUGACAGAGGAUGGGGACAAGGACUUGUCUUUAACAAUUCAGGGAGAAUCCAGUGAUGUGGCGAACAUAUACUCUUCACUACUUUUUGCAGCUGUAAAAGCACACUUGGACAGAGAAAUAGCUAUGAUGAAAGACAUGGAACCUUCAGAACCUGCUCGUUUAGAGGUAAACUUGUCUUUAACAGUUGAAACCCCAAUCAAGGCUGACCAGCCCCAAGUGUCUCUUGAGGAGGGCAAGGAGGAAAUAACUAAUGAUGAAGUCAUUGAAGUUCCAAGCACAGUUCAAGCAUACUUGCUGAAUAGUGAAAGAGCAUCAAUGAAAGACCAGGGAAUUUUCGAACUCAGUCUUCCCGAGAAAUCUGGUUCAGUGAGUUUGUCUAUAAUUGACGAGAAUCUGUCUGGGACUGAGUUGCACCAGGUAUAUUCUUCUGAGGAGAAGGAAGGCAUAGGGUGCUCGUGGAAAAAUAAUGAUGAAGUUCAAGACGACUUUGUGGAUUGUGUAAGCUCAUCAAUGAAGGAUCAGGAAUUGGAUUCGGUGAACACGUGUAUGAUGGAUGAAAACCUUUCUGGGACUGAGAUGCAGCAAGUUUCUUUAGUUGUGGGGAAGGUGGAAGACAUAGCAAGCUCGUGUAGAAAUGAUGACGAAGUCAAAGAAGUUUCGAAGUUGCCUCAGUCGGUUGAGAGUCUACUUAAGGCUGAGUGCCAGUUGAUUUCAUUUGAGGGAGAAUAUGACAUAAGCUCUGUGUCCAUAAAUGAUGGCGAAGUCUCAGAAGUUCCACUGUCACGUUUUUCGGUUGAGAAUCUACUCGAGGCUGACCUACAGUUGGUUUCAUUUGAGGGAAAAGAUGGUGAAUUCAAAGAAGUUGCUAAGUUGCCUUUUGCAGUUGAGAAUCUACUUGAGGCUGACCUGUCACUUGUGCCAUAUGAGGGGAAAGAUGAAAUGAGCCUUUUGUCCAGAAAUUAUAGUGAAGUCACAGUAGUUCCAACCAUGGUGGGAACAGAUUUAGGAUACAGUGAAAGAUCAGUAAUGAAGGAUCAAGAACAUGUGGAAAUUGUUCCUUCUGAAGCAGAUACAGGGUACUUGCCUUUGUUGGUACAAAAUCUCUAUGAGGCUGAUUUUCAACAGUCCUUUGUGGGGGAGAAAGACAUGGAAAAAACACCAUGUACAAAUGUUGAUAAUGAAGAAGUUGCAGAACUUCCGAAUUUGGCAACGGGCUGUCUACCUGAUGUAGAGUGUGGGAGUGGAAUUGAGCAUAAGAAGUUUGAUGAACUCGAUAGAAGUCCUGAUUCUCAUGCAAGCUUGAGAAGUGAUCAUGGUCUACCUGAUGUAGAGCGUGAGUGUGGAACUGAGCACGAGAAGUUUGAUGAAUUCGAUAGAAGUCCUGAUUCUCCUGCAAGCUUGAGAAGUGAGCAUGGUUCACCUGAUGUAGAGUGUGAGAGUGGAAGUGAGCGCGAGAAGUUUGAUGAACUCCGUAGAAGUCUUGAUUCUCUUGCAAGCUUGAGAUGUGAUCAUGGUUCACCUGAUGGAGAGCGUGAGAGUGGAAGUGAGCACGGCGAGUUUGAUGAACUAGACAGAAGUCCUGAUUCUCCUACAAGCUUGAGAAGUGAUCAUGACUCAACUGAAUUAGAGAGUGAGGAUGGAGGUAAGCAUGAGAAACAUGAUGAACUCGAUAGAAGUCCCGAGUCCCCUUCAAACUUGAAAAGCGAUCAUGGAACUGAGCAUGUCGAAUUUAAUGCACUGGAUAGAAGUCCUGAAUGGCCGUCUGUCGAAGUUCACCUUUCAAAGAGAUUAAACACAGAGUUCCCUGCCAGCUUAGAGACAGAAAUCAAUAUGGACGACUUUGAUUCUCUAAUGUCUGUUGAGAGCAUGGAAGGUGAUGAUCUGGGCACCGCAAGUAGACCACUGCAGGAAGGCCUUCUUGGAAUUUCCUCUAUUGAAACAGAGUCCACUAUUUCUGAAGCUAAUUGGCAGCUAGUCUCAUUUUCUGAAGCAAGGGAUGAUAAACUGAUGGAAACUUCGAAUGCUGAAGCUGGUAGUAUAGUUGUCCAAGAAGCGGAAGAAGAGGAUAUAAAUGAAGAAUCUUCACCAAAGAGUGGAAACGUGGAAAUGGAGUCUCCUCUAAGGUCACAAGUGAAACUCAGUAAUCCUGUAGACUUGGACACCCUCUUUGUUGCUGCACUUGAAUCUGACUUGAAUACCAAUGCAUCGCCGGCAGAAGACCAGAGACAGAGAUAUCUAGACAUGUCUCUUUUUGAUAGCCCUGUAAGGGCAGAAGCCGUAUCAAAGGGAGGCCAAAGCUUGGACUCAAGCAGACCGUUGGAUUUCGAUUCCUCGUCGCCAUGUGAUGGUGCUGCAGUGAGAGAACAAGAACAAAAGAUGGAACAAGUUUGUCCUGUUGAGUCUAAAUCUCUGACUUCGCCUUCGCAGCUAGUCAACAAUGUCAAUGGUGUCAUUCAAGCACCAGAGGAUCAUAGUUCUACUCCAAAUGAAGAGCCUGAAAGCUUCUCUAUCUGCACUGUAUCAAUGGUGACAGAAUCUGUGAGCUCAUCAUCUUUCUCAAUUGAGGAACUUCUCUCUGAGAUCAUGGAGAGCGAAGAAGAAGAAAGCACGACCCCGCAAUCUGUUCUUGCGACAGUACGAAGUUUGGAACAGCAGAUUCCCAAGAGCGAAAAUAAUGCCGGCAGGUCAUCAGUAAAGAGAACAAGCUUUUGGCUCAAGAGAGUAGAAUCUGGUUCAGGUGUUGGUCAGCUCCGGAAAAGUCAAAGCAUGGGGAAGAUCAGUAGUGAGGAAACGAGAUCGUCACCAAAGAAGCUCCCUUUCUCAGGUUUCGAAUUGCCACCACAGAAAGACCUCUUCACUCCGGACAAGGAGAAUCGAAGCCCGAAUAAGUCCAGUUUACGCAGAUCUUUAUCGUCUAAGAUCACGCUUACUUCCAGAAUCAUGUCAGAAGGUAACACUUCUCCGAUCCAGGAGAACUCCAGUACUCCUGAAGCCAUUCAACAAAGGGUAGCUACGACUACAACACCAAUUCCAAGCUCCAGGAACAACAUAGCAAAGUUAGGACUGCAAAUGGUGUUAAGGAACGAUAGGAUGCCGUUGCAGAAUCUGAUUAUCCGUUCCCCAGUGAAAAGCCUGUCUGGUGGUGGAGCUUAUUCACUUGGUUCUGCUGCGGAGCAAUCUUCUGUUAACCGCAGCAGAGGAGAAACAAAGACGAAGAAAUGGAUAAUGGUAGUGGACACGGCUUCUCUGCUGGACAACGAGUCAAGGAAAGCGUUGCAGCUUCUACAAGGUCUCAGGGGGACUCGGUUGAUCAUUCCAAGAAUAGUCAAGAAUGAACUGGAGUCAUUGAAGAGAACUGGUAGAUUGUUCAGGAGGAACACAGCGGCAUCCAAAGUGUUGGAGUGGAUAGAAGAGUGUGAACUGAAAACAGAGUGGUGGAUUCACGUCCAGACCUCGAUAGAUGAGAGUGCAGUUCCACUCACGCCACCUGCUUCGCCAGAAUCUGGAAUCGGUGGCGGCAGCAGCAGGAUGAAAUGGUACACUCCAUUUUCAUCGAUGACACCACCUGCUUCCCCGGAAUCUGGAACUGGAACCACCAGCAAGACGAAAUGGUACAGCCCAUUUUCAUCAAUGCCCUCACUGAGACGAGAAGAUCAUGUCCUUUCCAGUGCCUUGUUCUACAAGAAACUCUGUCAUGGUGGGGAACAAGUCGUCCUGAUUAGCCAUGAUCCUGACCUCCUAUUCAAAGCCAUGCUAGAGGGUUUGGUAUGCGAGACGGCUCAGGAGUUCAGGGGCAGCCUGGUGAACCCUUUCUCCGAGAGGUUCUUAUGGGGCGAAAGCUCUCCCAGAGGGCAAACUUGGUCUGUUCAUGAUGACGUGGUGUUGAAGGAAAGGUACUACCCUGCUCCUCAUCGGAAGUUGACACGGGGAGAGACUGCGAGAGGCCUGAAACUCAUACUGCUCAGCGACGACUCAUGUAGCAGUGACUCCAUUAAAACUCUGUAGGCUUCAGUGGAAUGAGUAAUUAGAGAGCUGCUUUGCUUUCUGCUGCUACAGAGUUUUCUGUAGCUUUCUAGCUUGCAUUAGUUACAGGCUUACAGCUGGUUUUCUCAACCAGUAUUAUAUUCUCUGUUAACAUAACAUAGAAGAUGAAUUCCUGCUGCCUUGCCAUUUCACUGAGAAAUGAAUAUAUUCCUGCUGUUAUUAGAUUUCACUGCAUAUAAUCUCUUUAUUUUGGAUUCAUGAAAUUUGUUGCCAUGAAACCUGACAUUCUAUGACAUAAAAACAAUAGUUGUAG